GAGUCGAACUGCGCAGCUGCAGCUUGAGCCGCACUGACACCGCAGACAAAAUGGCAAUGGAUAAUUUCAUAUUUGCGCAAUGCAUCCUCUACUUUUUAGCCUUCGUGUUUGCUUUCAUAGCUAUAGUACCUCUGUCGGAGAACACGGAGGAUUUUCGGGGCAAAUGUCUGCUUUUCACGCGGGGGAUGUGGCAGAACGAGAACAUCACCGUGUCGAAACAGCGCUUCAUCAUUGAGGAAUGGGGACCACAGUCAUCAUGCAGCUUCAUCACCGCGGUCGCCAUCGCGUCGCUCAUCCUGUCCGCUGUUCAAGCCUGGAGGUUGCUCUUCUUCAUCUGCAAAGGCCACGACGACUCAAUCUUCAAUGCUUUCCUGAACCUGCUCAUCAGCACGUUUGUAGUGUUUGCCGUGUUUCUGUCCAGCACAAUAGUCAGCGUGGGUUUCAAUCUAUGGUGUGAUGCCAUCACAGAAGGAGGCAGUAUGCAUAGCAGCUGCGAGGACCUUCAGGACACUGAUCUGGAACUAGGAUUGGACAACUCUGCGUUUUAUGACCAGUUUGCCAUUGCACAGUUUGGUUUAUGGGCGGCCUGGCUGACUUGGCUCGGCAUCACCAUCGUGGCCUUUCUGAAGGUCUACCAUAACUACCGUCAAGAGGAUCUGGUUGACAGCUUAAUCCACGAGAAAGAAUUCCUACUCGGACGCUCUUCACGUCGCGGCUCUGAUGUGGUACACGACAAAAGUGGCAUGAUAUGAUCAACUCAACAUUUUGCAAUCCUAGAAAAUUCCUACUGAGAUGUACGACAUUUUUAAGUAAAAUGCAUUCAUACGCUUCUCCAUUUGGUUCUUGAACUAUGGUCUUUGAACUGUUGGUGGACGCUAUGUGAGCUGAACUGAACCAAAUGCUUAUGAAUGACAUUUUAUUUGAGCUUUAUUUGAACAAUGUCUGAGAAUGCACUUUAUUGUUCAGAGGUCACAGAUUAUUUACAGACAACAUUUUUGAAUGUUGAGCUUAAAAAACGAGACUCUGAAAAAAUCAAGCAGUGAACAUAUUUAUGGGGUAGUUAACCCCCCAAAAAAUUACAAUUCUGUCAUUAUGUGGUUCCAAAACCAUAAGACAUUCCAGAAGAUUUAAGUGAUUUCCUAUAACCAAGAUUCCAUUAAAGCUUUCAAGCUGAGACAUUUCAUGAAUAUGACUUCAAAGUAACUCUAAAGGAUUUUCUAAGUGUUUAGAAGUUUCAGUUUGCUUCAUAUGAUGCAUAGGUUCAUUUUUUUGGCUUUAAUUCACAUUCAAACAUUAAUUACAUGUGUCAAACAUACAUUAAGUGUGUUUGUGGGACAUGUAAGCUUAUUGACUCUUAUUAUUGCUUUAAGCAAAUACAUUUUAGCUUCUGUUUAUCAUAUAUGAUGUGCAUCUAUGAAUUUCUAUGUAUAAAAGCCUACAUGAAAUGCUAUAAACUGACUAUGUCUUGGACUUAACCAUCCAAUUUAAGUGUCAAAGUUUGUUGAAUGGACUUACAGAAAUCUCUUUAUGUAGGAUAUAACAGAAAAUAUCUUUUUUAAACAGAAGCACUCAUGAAAUCAAAAUGGAAGUUUCUUUGGCUUUUGUUUUGAAUAUGUUAGCCUUAAAGUAAUUUGUAAGCUAGCAUGUUCCCAAACAGCAACAUAAUUAACAUUUAGGAAAACUUUGUAUGGUAUCAGGACUAUAGAAUACAUAAGGCACGUCACUCGUAUAGUUUUUAAUGGGAAAAAAAA